UAAAGUCUGAAAGGUUUAAAGUAGAAGGAUUUAAAGUAGAAGUAGAGUUUCACGUUAUUUUUGUAGUUUUAAUAUAACUUUUAAUACCUUGCACAUUUUUAUACAAUUAUAAUUAACAAAUAUGAGCAACAGUCGCGUAGAGUUUAAAAAUCCUGAAAACUUGCCCGUCGAAAACGUAACAAUAUCUGUGAGCGAUUCCGGUGUUUUACAACUUAUUAAAGCUAUAGAUCCUUAUUGGGUGGAGAAAAAAGAUUUGAUACUCUAUGAAAGACCACCAUCAGGUGCUGAAUUACUUUUGGGCGCAGUGGAUGCCUGGAAGUCUAAAAUGGAGACUUACUUAGAUAAUUUAAAGUGGUUACUUGAAUUAGAACAUCAUAGAUUUUGGAGUAAUAUAUUAUACCACCCAAUGUCAAUGGAUAUGGUUGUAUCUUUUAUACAAGAAGCGAAUCCCCCGUACAUAGCUCCUCAUGAUAGUAAAGAUGUUCAAAAGCUGUAUGAAGACAUAAGAAGAUUAAUUCUCGUGAUUUUUAGUAGAUUAAUCACAAAUAAAGAGAGUAAGACGCAGUGGAUGACCAAAGAGUACUUGGCGGAUAUAAUAUAUGAUAACUUUAUAUUCACAAUACCGGUUCUAUGGGACUUGUGUUUGACGUAUGGUGCGGACAACUCUAAGCAUAUAUCACAUUUAAUGAAUGCAGUGUUCUCAAUACAACCAAAGUACCAGAAUGAUGCUGUACAAGCUCUGAUUUUUGUACAAGAGGCAUUCAAGUACAUAAUCGUUCAAGUAAAUAAGGAUUAUGAGAGUGAAGAACCUCCCAACCUCCCUGAGACGUUCAAGGGUUUCGGGGAGAUCAGACGGCCUUCAGAGAAUAAGCCCACUGAUAAAGUCACAUUCAAUGUACUUAGAGAUCUGGUAAUCCACAUGCUUGACACGGCAAUGACAUUGAGGAUAUUCGUUGAAGUCUACCCGAAGACUGCUGAAAUCAUGAUGAAGAGUAAUUUUGUUUUGAGUAUAGUCCAACUUUACGAGUAUGGAAUACCUCAGCUAUAUGAGAAGCUAAUAGAAGUGGGGGAUGAGACCAGUGUAACGUACACGGAAGUGGAGGGGUAUAUAGAUCUGGCUCGAGCUGAACUGAUAGACACAUUGAAGGAGAUCCUGGCUGUGUACAAGAAUGCUAUUUUUAAUAGCGAAGGCAGUAUAGCGAGCAACGUGGAAGCGUAUCUGUCUGUUAUGAUGGACGCUCUGUCGGAGCGGUUGCUGAUCAAGGACUACCACGCCUGCUACCAGGUCCACGAGGACUUGGAACUGUUGAAACAGGUCUAUCCCGAUAUAGACACCGUUAAAACUGAUUACAUUCUCCAAGCUGUUUAUUCAGACAUCGAUGAACCGAUACCAGAAGUAUCUAAUGACAAUAAUAAUUUAUUGACCAAUGGCAAUGUUGAGGUCAUAGACAAUCAGCCGGGACCGUCCAGAGACAACGACAUACCGGACAAUGUCAGGGAUCAGUCGUUGAUAUGUGAAGUCAAGGAUAUACUACCGCAUUUAGGGGAUGGUUUUAUAUUGAAAUGCUUACAACACUAUGGUUAUAAUGCCGAGCGAGUUAUUAAUGCGAUCUUAGAAGAUAAUUUAGCGGAUUCUCUCCGAGGAUUAGAUACAAGUCUUCCGAUUAUACCAGAAGAUCCAGUGGACCGGAAGUACCUGGAGACUGGUAUACAGAGACUGAACGUCUUCGACGGAGACCAGUUCGACAUAAUGACUAGAGAUGACGUGAACCUGUCCAAGAUACACAUUGGUAAGAAGAAGGAGAAGUACAAGGACUUGAAGGAUAUGCUCAAUGAUAAGACUGACAUUAAAAACAGACCAGAUAUAUACAGCAAAUAUAAUUUGGUAUGCGACGAAGAAGCGAUGUAUUCUGACGAGUACGACGACACGUACGACUCGGACGGCGUCUCGCCCGCGAUCGACACCGCCGACGACAGCCGCCGGCCCUUCGUCACCCCGCGAGCGCUGCGCACGCACACGGACACAAGGGAGGAGUCUGAAGAAUCGGAAGAAGUCGAGGAGGAGGUGCCCAGUAGAAGUAAGAUGAACUUCUGCGUAAAUCCGGAAGAGUUGCGCGCGCGCCGAGAAGCCAACGUACAGGCUCGUCGGGGGAAGGGAAUUCGACCGCCACCCGCUAGGAAUAAUGACGUAAUCGGUAAACCUAAAGGGCAAGGUCAGGAAAAAGAAACCCUUCUGAACAGGGACAAAAAAGAGAAGCACAAAUCUUCACGAGGCAACCACAAUAGGCGACAAGGCGCCCAGUGGAAGAGGAGUCAGGGCAUGAUGCCGUCGUAGUGUUGCUAGUGUAUAAAAUGUAUUGCCAUUGUAAAAAUAUAUUUGUAAUGUAAAAUUAUGUUUAUUUAUCUAAUUAUUCAGUUUGCCGAAAUUAAAUUAUAUUGAUU